ACACACACACACACACACACACGAGAGCACCAGGACGCCGCUCGGAGAGGCCGCAGCGCCCCCACACGUCUCCCUCACCGCCCGCACAGCCGCCCCAGCUGUGACGUCACAACCACCCAUGAAUAUUGAUGUGGGGGCCUGUCUGUCUCAUAGACGAACAGAAGGAAACAAGAUGGCGGUCGAGUAGGACUUGUUAAAGGGGAGUGCGGACGCUGUGCUGGGAUUCUGUGAAGUGGAGGGACGUAAAACAAGGAGACAAAGAGGACCGCCCUGUGCAUGGAGCCAGUGCUGACCAGAUGGAAACAGAGCAGGCCAAUCAUGAGGAGGAAGAAAGACUGAUACAUUCACCUCCCAGUCCUCAGCUGAACGGAAACAAGAUCUCCAAACUGCAAAAUGGAAACCAGCUACCAGGAGGAUUCACUCAGGAAGUCAAUGGGAAUGACACCUGGAACCACUUCAAAGGCUACACAGAGGUUAGCCAGAUGAAGAGGCAUCACCAAAUCCAUUCUUGCUCUGCUGAUGCACAGAAUAUGUUUGAAAAUAACUCGUACAGGACCAACGGCGAAAUAAAGCAUGCCUGUAGCGAGCCGCCAUCACAGCGACCUCACCAGGAGAAAGAGUGCCGCGUGGAUCCCAAGGUAAAUGGAGAGGCAGACAGCGUAGGAAUCCCUUUAAGCAAAAGCGACCAGCACUGUUUUUCUGAGUUUACAGAGGCAGAAGAAGUGGACUGUGAUGCUUUACAGGAGCAGCGGUCGGAUACGAGAAUCUGCGCCUUUGCUGAGGGGGGGGGUGUCUUUUCACAUGGGAGGGGCAAACCAACAGCAGCAGAGUCUAAUGGUGCUACAAUGACCUCGGCCGCCAGGGAGGGCCUGAACAGCAACACUCUGGAAGAAGCACUGUGUCAGUAUUACCCAGACCACAGCACUCCUUCACCACCUCAAGAGAAUGCAACCAAGCAUCUAGCUACAGAGGAUGCUCCUGAACGGGUCGUGCAUUCUCCAUUCCUUACCUCAGGUUUGCCUACAUUACCCCAAAUCCCUUCUUAUGGUCAACGGGACAAAAACUUUGUGGAAGCAGGAAGCCGCGUGGACUACGGCAGAGCGCUGUUGAUGGAAUCCCAACAGCCUCAGCAGCAGCUCCGUCCUCAGGAUAUCUCAGAAGGAGCGGUCCAGGAGGAGCUUGUCCCUGGAAGGGACCCACUUAUGUUACACAAUCAGAACACGACGGGGAGGCUGCACAACUGUCUGCAUCCCACUGACAUUUAUCAGGGUUCGAGUGAGAAACUGAAGGAGACGUUCCUGGGAAUUCCAUCUCAGACAGGUGACACUGGCAGCCCAGACUCCUUCAGCGAUGAAGCUGUCCUACAAAUCAUAGAAAAUGCAGGGUCAGACCCUGAGGACUGUUUACUGGCCUCGAAUAGCACCCUGCUUUCCCAGAAAUAUGAACAGCAGGUCCAGUUGGGCAUCCAGCAGCAGGCAGACAGCCGUGGACAAGAUAUUCAUUAUGGUCUACAGAACCUUGCUGGGCCAGAUUUGUCAAACCAACAAACCCCCACAAACCUGGUGGAAAAUAUUCCAGAUUUGAAGUGUGAUCAAGCUCUUCAUACUCAAUCAGUGCGAAAUGCAGAAGAAAUAAGGAGAGCUGAAAAUGCCCUGGCUCUCAAAAGAGGCGCUGAUGGGACAUCCCAGUCAGGAAGGGUGAGCCGUGAUCUGAGCUGGAUCGAUCUGAAUUCCUCCCCUCCUGUACAAGCAUGGAAGACCUUUGAUUCCCAUUUGCAUCAAAGACACAUAGAAGCAGGCAGUGCUGAACCCACAGGAGGUGCUCAAACACAAGAUUUCAAGAUGUCCAGCAUGCAACAACAUGAAGAAUACCCUCACCUGUCCUACAAGAAAAGGUUUGAUCACAUCAACCAACCUCAGCAUGGGCUGAUGCAGACGUAUAAUGACGCCAAUGAUGCAGGAAUUGGCGAUAAUUAUAAAUUUGACAGAACGGCACGGCUCCCCCUGCAGUCAGAAGAUGCUCAUGAGCCUAUGGCCAAAAAACAAUGCAUGCAACAGCAACAACUUGUGCCAAACCAAAACAAGGUUCUGCAGGUCCCAGCAGCACCAACACUAAUGCGAAAAAGGGCUCAGUUUCCUCAUGACAUGUCGAUACCACAGGGGCCGGAAUGUUCGACCUUACAGAUGUGUCUUAAAGCAGAGUCACGGGGAUGUUGCUCGCAGCAAGGGCUGCUUCAGACUCCACAGCAACGGGAACUCCAGAGACACGCAGCCCUUAGGAUGUACCUGCUGCAGAAGCAGGAGAGACAGGAGCACCAGAAAACCCAAGAUGAUUUUAAAUACCGGCUAAAGGCUAUUAAAACAGAGAAUGACUUGGGAUUGGAGUCUCUAAGCACACAUCACAUUCAGGAGACUGGAAACCCUUCUCCUCAGAUACCCGUGAAGCAGGAGGAACGACACGCUACCUGUGCAUUGCAGCAGGAUAGCAUUAUCACCACCACGGAACAUCACUUAAAGCAAUACCAGCUAGCAGCUAACUUGCAUAGAGGAGAUCCCCUGGCCAUGAAGUUGCCUAAUAAAGUCAAGGUGGAGACUUCGGGUCCUGUGACCGUCCUGUCAAUGCAUGCAAACCUCGAGGGCGUAGACACAGGACCUACAGCUGAGAAAAACAGCUCGUUGCAAGUCAAUCAUGAGAAGAACUCAGUGUCCAGUCUUAGCACUUUCCUCGAAUCUCCCAGAAGACUGCUGGACCCUCGAGUCAAAAGCCUGCUAGACAUGCCUGUGAAAACGCAAUAUGAGAUUCCAUCCUGUCACUGUGUCGAGCAACUCAGCGAGCGAGAUGAAGGACCCUACUACACUCACUUAGGAGCAGCCCCAAACGUAGCAGCCAUACGGGAGCUUAUGGAAAAGAGGUUUGGUCAGACUGGCAGUUCUAUCAGGAUCGAAAAGGUGGUUUACACCGGAAAGGAGGGGAGGAGCAACCAGGGAUGCCCAAUAGCCAAAUGGGUGAUCCGACGAGGCAGUGAGGAGGAGAAGCUGUUGGUGCUGGUCCGGGAACGGGCCGGUCAUACAUGUGCGACGGCCGCCAUCGUGGUUGUGAUUCUCAUCUGGGAGGGCAUCCUCACCAGCCUGGCCGACCAGCUCUACACAGAGCUCAGUGACACCCUGACCAAACACGGGGUCUUGACCAACCGCAGAUGUGCCUUCAAUGAAGAGAGAACAUGUGCCUGCCAGGGCUGGAACUCCGACACGUGUGGAGCCUCCUUCUCCUUCGGCUGCUCCUGGAGCAUGUACUACAAUGGUUGCAAGUUUGCCCGAAGUAAAACCCCCAGAAAAUUCAAGCUGCUUGUGGAUGACCCCAAAGAGGAAGUGAAAGUAGAAAAAAACCUGCAGAAUCUUGCUACUUUAAUAGCUCCUGUUUAUAAGAAAAUGGCACCGGAUGCAUAUUCUAACCAGGUGGAGCAUGAGAACCGGGCACAGAGCUGCCGCUUGGGGCUGCAGGAGGGCCGGCCAUUCUCUGGGGUCACCGUCUGCAUGGACUUCUGUGCUCAUGCUCACAGAGACCUUCACAACAUGCAAGGAGGCAGCACAGUGGUGUGCACUCUGACUCGAGAAGACAACCGGCAGAUCGGGAAGAUCCCUGAAGAUGAGCAGCUGCACGUUCUGCCCCUGUACACAGUGUCCCCCACCGACGAGUUUGGAAGCGUGGAGGGCCAGCAAAAGAAGGUAGAUUCGGGUGCCAUCCAGGUGCUGAGCGUCUUCCGGCGGGAAGUGCGCAAGCUGCCUGAGCCGGCGAAGCCCUGCCGUCUGAGAAGGCUGGAGAACAGGAAGGCAUCAGCCAGCAAGCCCCCGAACCCUGACACACCCAAUUCCAAGGGUGAGAAAGCUCUUCAGGUGAAACUGAAGCAGGAGAACACAGGAGAUGCACAGAGUGCAGCAGAAUCAGGUCCCCAUAUAGGCCCCUCUCACAUGGCUGCCACAGCACUGGCCCAUCAGCCCCAAUCAGUGACACAGCACCAGCAGCUCCGCCCGCCCCCCCCUUACCCAGGCUCCCCACAGCACCCGCAGCCAAACUACGGCCACUUUCCACACCAGGCCGACCCAUUCUCAAAAUCACCAGCAAGUGGCAGCUGCUAUCCAUCUACUUUGCGUGUUCCAAGUGAACCGCAUCCUGCAAGUUCUUAUCCAGGUCCUUUGAACAAGGGGAAUCUCUACCCCGGAUACCCAUGCAAUGGAGCAGUCCCUGUGGACGCCUUUAAUCCAUACUACUCUUCAAAUGUAAAGCAUCUCAACAUUUACCCAUCUCAAGGGCCUCAGCUGUACCCGCCGCAGUAUGCCAGCCAGCCUCCUUUUGGAGUCGGCUACCCGCCUCAGCAUGCAGACCCUGGUGCUCAAGUCAGCUACGGCCAAUGUAACUCAGCUUCUACGGUGCAUCCAAUGGGUCCUUUUCCCUCAUUUAGCCUUAAUGGUAGGUGUGACCCUCAGUACAUGGAGGCUAUAUCUCAACAGCCUUCUUCCCAUCCAGACUACGGAGCCAUGAAUAAAAGCAGUCAAUAUGGUGCAGCUCCCAACUCAUACUUUGCCCAAGCUUUUAAGAUGUUCGGCCCAGCUCAAGACUCUAUCCAUGUGCAUAACGUCGCAGAGAUGGAAUUGCGUGGCAUCAACGGGAAGGUUCCGGGAACAGAGAGCUCCACUGAGCCGGGCUUUGGGCUGCCCAAUGGCAACAUGCAAGGUGGCCUUGAACAGCCAGAAUCAGGGGGGCCUAAGUCUGCUAAAAAUGAGGAAGAGUGGUCAGACAAUGAGCACAACUUCCUGGAUCCAAACAUCGGGGGCAUUGCGAUAGCUCCCAGCCACGGCUCCAUCCUCAUUGAAUGUGCCAAGCGAGAGCUACAUGCCACUACGCCACUGAAGAAGCCGGACCGGAAUCACCCGACCCGCAUCUCGCUGGUCUUCUACCAGCACAAGAACCUGAAUGAGGCCAAGCACGGGUUGGCAGCGUGGGAGGCCAAAAUGGCCGAGAAGGCUCGUGAGAAGGAGGAGGAUGCAGAGAGGAAUGGCAAUGAGACGACACCCAGCAAAGGCAAGAAGAUCAAGCGGGAGCAAAGCCACCUGCUGCAGUUCCUGGACCCGUCAUGCAGCCACGACAUCCGAGCCAUGACCCAGGGCUCGGUGUCCAGCACCACCAACACCUACAUGUACACGGCACCAUACGUCUUCACUAAGGUAACAGGAUCCUACAGCACCUUGGUUUAGCGUUCAUAUUCAGGUCUGCAACCAUAAAUUCAGGAGUAAUUCUCUUAAUUCUUUAUUCAUUCUAAACCUCAUGACCCCAGAUCUUACAAGUGAUGGAAAGUUCAGUUCAUGAUACACCCUCAGAUUCUAUGCAAAGGAUAGUAUGAAUGAUGAAUAAGGAGUAAAAAUGGCAAAGUGUGCAGCCCGGUCAGACACGGACCCCAGGCUGAGCUUUUCUUCUUGGUGUUACCGUGGGGCAAAAUCUAUUUAUUUUUUGUUACUGCUGUACUAAACUUGUGGUGCUUCUCGUCCUAUGCAUCAGGACGCUUAUUAAUGGAAACAAAUUUCCAUUUUCAUUUUUCUUCUUUUUAACUGAAUGAGUUUAUUUAAGCAAGCAAGAAACACAGACUUGAUGAGUAAGUAAAUUCAUGGUGCUAAAAAUAAGAUAUCAGUAAAACAAGAUUCCUAUUCAACUGCCUUCAUGUUCAUGUGUCACUUGCAGAUGUUUUUAAAAAGUUUUAAAAGAUGCAUUUCCAAUCAACAACUGGUGCCGGGAUUUGAAACAUGCAGUGGCCAGAUUUUAUAGACGGCUAAACAUUUUCAUAAUGUUUUUAUUUAAAAUAUUAUUAUUCAGAUAAUGCUACACCUGCAUCCAUAGUUACAGUAAAGUAUUCCAGCCAUUAAAGAGCCAAUGGAUGUUAUUAUUAAUGAGAAAUACAACUUCAGUUAUUAAAUGGCCUGUGUUCUGGGAGUUUGAAAACGGGUUUUUACACAUAUUUAUUGUGGUGCUUCAAUGAUAAAAAAUAAAAUAAUAAAUGAAUAAAUAAAGGUAGAAGUGAAAAGAGAAAAUAUUCUUAUUUUUAAUAUUGUUUAAGAUUGAGCCAUUUUAAGAGCACCGUUCUGAAGAUGCACAUGCACAGCGUGAUGUAACGAUUCCCUUUCCCUGUUCCGGGUCAUUCCACUAACCGGACAACUGUAACAACAUUCAGAGCAGUUCCUUUAAACAAAAACAACCUUCUGGGAUUAGCUACGACUUUUCUAAUGAUCAAAAAUGUUCAGAGAAGAUACAUUAAACACUGUUAACUCUAGAUAUGUUUGCAUACUGGUUUCAAAAGCAGCUGGCUUGCCGUGUGGUUUUUAAAGUGUAUUGUACGUGUAUAAUAUAAGAGAAACAUAUUUGUACAGUAAAUUAAAUUUCUGGCCUUUUAAAAUUGUCUGCUUUAGAUUUUAGUACUGUAAAGAAAAUAUUUCUUUUUUGGGUUUAGCUGAUUUUCUUUCAAAUGGUGCUAUCGACCUUCUGUAACUAUGUAUAAUGUGACAGUUUUUAUGAGCGGUCAGGACGUGAUGAAUGAUUGUCAUAUUACCUCAGAACUCAGUUGGCAAUAUGAGUAUAACUUAGUGGAUAAAAACUCUAGGUUUAUAUGUCAUCAUAUUCAUCAAAAACCAUUAGAUCAGAACGAUGCAAAAUGCAUCAUUUACUGUUUUUCAAAUUAGUCUGUUAUAUAUAUAUAACUUGAACUUCAAGUGUUUCUUUUAUAGCAAAAGCAGGGAUAUUUGAGUCCAUUUUCUAAGGUUACGUAACCUCUUGUAUAUCGACACGUUUUCCUCCUCAUGGGUUUGAAUCCUGCCUGUAUAUACUGUAUACUAUGAUGCAAAUUCAUUCUACAGGAAUAUUACCUUUAGUUUGUGUGUGUGUAAUUUUGAAGUGUAAAGACAUCGUUGAACGUCAAAGAACCGCAUGCACUGACUCGAGUAAAGGGAAACGAAUGGCACUUAAGGUGAAACAAACGCCAUCCGGCAUCCGACAAAGAUCAUGAAGAUGAAUAUAAUGAAUGUGCAUCGUAUGACUCUGUGUUAGCAGAUCAUAACCCACGCAAACUUUGUUUAGUCAUUAUCGUAUAAAUUAUUGUUUUUGUGUUUGUUUUUAUUUUUUUUAUUUGGUUGAACCUAAGGUUGUAUGUAACAAAUCACUCCAAUAUAUCAUUUAUACAAUCAUUUGUGAAAGCACUUCUUUUGUGUAAAAAAUAAAUGUAUAUGACUAAACUAAAUGUUGAGGUAUAAAUGUUACAGGUAAACUGUAUUACACCUUGUAAAGAAUCUCACUCAUGCAACAUGCAUGUGUAUUAAUAAACCUGGAUCUGAAAAUUGUUCAAUUUAAAAUGUUAAUAUAAAUUUGACAUAUCCUUUGUAGCUCCAGUCAGUUAAAAUGGAUGAAUUUACCCACAGUAAAUAUAUAGUCAGUUAAAAUGGAUGAGUUCUUACCAUUAAAUACACCUAAUGAAUGUUCUCUUGUAAACAGAGCAGGCUGUGAGUCUUGCAGCGUUCAGGGCUGAAUGGGAGAUACCUGGUGAAAUGCUGUUUGGGUGAAAUGAAAGGUCUGGGUACAGAUCCGAGUGUCCAUAGCAGCUAGACAGGGCAUGGACCGACAGUGGGGGUGUCGCUGCCGGAAACCAGCCGGAUGCCUUCUGCAUGGGGAGGGAAUUACUUGAAUGGCUUGUGGAGCUCGGCUGACACUGAAGGACCAGAGCGGCUCAUGCCGGAAUGGCUAAUGUGUGCUCUCCACGGCAUCUGGUACACACUAAAGGUAUGGCUUGUAAAAUGUACGGCGUUGCUUGUAAAUCUGAACAGCUCCCAUCUUCCGUGGUGUUUGGUGUGCUUUACAAAUACCCUAUAAAUGAUGAUGCUGAAUACUGUAAGCAUUGCAAUGUACUGAAUGCAGUUUCUGAAAACUGUUCAUUAUAUCAUUCCUGAUAUUGCUGAGAUGUGGGUGUUUCUAUUAAAAUUUAUAUUUAUUUAAAGCA